AUGGCGAGCGCUGCAGUCGCCUCCUUUCAGGCUCGGCCCUGUGCGGCCUUUACCGCGCGCCGCAGCAAUUCAGGACGCAGGGUCCGCAGGGCGGCCGCACUCGUGCAUGCUGCGGUGAAGACAGCGGGCACAGCGACCAGCGGGCUGGAGAUUGGCGGCAAGCGGCCCACCAGCCCCAAGGCCUGGGAGCUCAUCAGCACCACGCUCAAGAAGAACGGCGUGGCAUUCAUCGGCCUCGACCAAGCCGAGGCGGCGGCCAGGAAGGGGACGCCUAUCGUGGAUGUCCGCCCAGACGACCAGUACAACACCGGCAGGCUUCCGGGUGCCGUCAACUGCCAGUUCUACCAGCCCAUCACGGGCUGGGGCCCUGCCAAGAUUGCGCGCCGCGUGGGCUUCACCUUGUUUGGGGUGCCGGGCACAGAGGCCAACCCUGACUUCAUCGAGCAGGUGUCUGCGGCGGUGCCCAAGAAGAGCGGCGGCAUGAUCCUGGUCUGCAACAUCGGCGGCACGCUGGAGCCGACAGGUCCGUCGGAGUUUGGGAGGCAAAGUCGCUCCCUCACUGCCGCCUACGAGCUGGUCCAGGCAGGCUUCAGCAACAUCAAGGUCCUGGAGGGAGGGUACAAUGCGUGGGCCCGGGAUGAGCGGGAGGUGGAGAUGGUCCAGUAG